CGUUGCAGAGCGCGUCUAGCCAAUAGGCAGCGGCGGCGGGCGGGCGCGGGCGACCGGCGGUGCGGCUGAGGCGGAGCAGGCGCUGCGGCAGGAAGGAAGAUGGCGGACGAGGAGAAGCUGCCGCCCGGCUGGGAGAAGCGCAUGAGCCGCAGCUCAGGCCGAGUGUACUACUUCAACCACAUCACUAACGCCAGCCAGUGGGAGCGGCCCAGUGGCAACAGCAGCAGUGGUGGCAAAAACGGGCAGGGGGAGCCCACCAGGGUCCGCUGCUCACACCUGCUGGUGAAGCACAGCCAGUCAAGGCGGCCCUCAUCCUGGCGGCAGGAGAAGAUCACCCGGACCAAGGAGGAGGCCCUGGAGCUGAUCAACGGCUACAUCCAGAAGAUCAAGUCGGGAGAGGAGGACUUUGAGUCUCUGGCCUCACAGUUCAGCGACUGCAGCUCAGCCAAGGCCAGGGGAGACCUGGGUGCCUUCAGCAGAGGCUUCCAAGGGCCUCCUUAAUGGCCCUGCCACCCCCAGCUGGGCCGCCGCUCAGCACCAGCAAUAAACGCGGUGACGGAUGAGUGUGGACGAGUGUGAGGCUCAGCGCAGGCAGGAGCCCCAUCUGUCUCGGCUGCCGCCCGCCCUGCCUCAUCCUGGCCUCUGCCAGCCCAGCCCUGACACCCCCCACCGCCCCUCCUGGCUCCCAGGUCAGAUGCAGAAGCCAUUUGAAGAUGCCUCGUUUGCGCUGCGGACGGGGGAGAUGAGCGGGCCCGUGUUCACGGAUUCCGGCAUCCACAUCAUCCUCCGCACUGAGUAGGGGUGGGGAGCCCAGGCCUGGCCUCGGGGCAGGGCAGGGCGGCUAGGCCAGCCAGCUCCCCCUUGCCCACCAGUCGGUGGCCGAACCCCCCACUCCCUGCCACCGUCACACAGUAUUUAUUGUUCCCAAAAUGGCUGGGAGGGGGCCCUUCCAGAUUGGGGGUCCUGGGGUCCCCACUCCCUGUCCAUCCCCAGUUGGGGCUGUGACCGCCAGAUUCUCCCUUAAGGAAUUGACUUCAGCAGGGGUAGGAGGCUCCCAGACCCAGGGCAGUGUGGUGGGAGGGGUGUUCCAAAGAGAAGGCCUGGUCAGCAGAGCCCGCCGCCUCGUGUCCCCCCAGGUGCUGGAGGCAGACUCGAGGGCCGAAUUGUUUCUAGUUAGGCCAUGCUCCUCUGUUCAGUCGCAAAGGCGACCCAUGCGGACCAUGAGGUCCCAUGCGGCCCAGCCAUGGGCCCUCUGAGCAACUGUGCAGCACCCUUUCACCCCCAAUUAAACCCGGAACCACU